AUGGCACCACCACAACAACAAUAUGUACUACUACUACUAAUGAUGCUCACGACCAUCUUUGGUAUCAUGCCAAUGGUAUCCUCAGCAUCUUUGAAUCAAAAAGAAUUCGAUUCAAUUAAAUGGAUUGCUCAACAAUUCAGCACAGGAUGGAAUAUUGCUACAGGUACCACAUGUUCAGAUAUCUCCAGUACUGAUUUAGUAUGUGGAAAUAAUAUCUCAACAGGUGAAGACACUGUCACUUUGAUUAAUAUUACGCUUGCAGUUAAGGAUAAUGGAACACCAGAUCCUUUGAAGAGAUCAUUAUACUUUCCCAACUUGGUCCAACUCAAUGUUAAUAACAUCACUCCAAAGAAUGAAUCCUUUGUAUUUUUAUCAAUGUUUGAUAAUAUUGAUAACAAAUUGCUUAGCAUCAUCAGUAUUGAUCGAUGUCAAUUUGGUAUCUUAAUUCCAUAUUUGUUUCCAAGUGUCAUACCCUUGACUUCAAUAACCAUAACUACAACAGUGCUUUCAACAUCAGUUCCAUCAUCUUUGUUCACAUACAAAGGUUUGAAACAGGUUUAUUUGAAUAAUAUAUCAUUUGACUUUGCCAAUCAAACUGUCUACUUUGACCCAAGCCUAAGAUAUGACACUUUGACAGAUGUUUUCAUCAGAUCAUCAGAGUCAUUCUAUUUUGUGAUUGAUUCCUCGAGUCUCAUUAGUUGGACCUCCACUUUCAACAGACUCAAUCUUAGCCAAUCAACAGUUGAAAUAAUUCGAGCUCCAAAGCUGGAUGUUCUUUCAUUGAAUGAUGGAAGAUUCAAACCAGACAACUUGACCCAUCUCACAAGUCUUAGACAGCUUUAUCUUGCUUACACCAAUGAGCUAAAGGAUGUCAACAACCUUGGUGGACUAUUGAUGAAUGGACCUGAACAUACACGCUUCCCACCUAACAAGUGGAUGGCAAAGAAUCGAGGUGUCUUUAUAUUCAGUAACACCAAUUUGAAUGGACCAAUCCCGGACUAUUCCUCAAAUCAUAUGUACCACAUCUUCAUUGGAAACUCCUCUGGAUCAAGUCUUGGAAUCAAUGGUGCAGUGCCGGACUUUACCUGCUCAUUAGAGUAUCUUGACCUAUCAGGUACUUCCGUGACAUCAGUACCACCCUGUUUCUACUGUUCCUGGGGAAUAUCAAACGUCCUUCUUCCAGCAAGCAUCCCACCACCCCCAGCCAACUACAAAUGUCCAUUUGUGGUGGACAAGAAACUAUAUGUUAUUCCAAGGAAUAAGAUAUUACCCUACAGCUUGACAAUCACUGGACAGAACUUGGGAUACUUGGAGCAGAAUGAUUUCAGUCCUGCGCAAUUGGUGAAAUAUUAUCCAAACACUAUGUUCACUUUGCCAGUUAGUACACCAACUGGAGGAAGUACAUUGGUAUUCUCUCAGAAACGCUCAAUAAGUACCACGAUCACAUGGGAGACUGAUAUGACAAAUGUCAAUAGUGUGAUUGGAGAGAUCAAUGGAUAUAAUCUGUAUAUGAGGAUUGAAGGUACCUUCUUCUUUCAAUAUCCAUACAUUGUACAAGUAUAUGGAAAUGAUUGUAAACUAGUACAAUUAUCUACUGCUCUCAUCUUAUGUAUCGUUGACACUCGCCUUCCAAAGAAGACCUCAUACGCCUCAGUGGACAGCACCUACAGUCCUCCAAUCAUCAACAACUUCAAUGUAUAUUACUUGCCAAGUAUAAAGACUGCAACACCAUUAGGUAUCCAAGGUGGCCAGACAACAUUGACUGGAUACAUUGGAUUCAAUAUCAAACAAUCAAAGGUUCUAAUCAAUGACAGCCCUUGUAAUGUAACUAAUGUGAUUGGAAAUGGUGAAGACAGUAUUGUAACUUGCAACAUCACUGGACCUUUGAAGCCUGGAAUGGCCAACCUCACAGUCAUUGUCAAUCAAAUGCCAUUCACAUCAGUCCUCGUCCUUAGGAUAUACAACUACAAUAUGACAAUCAACACAUGUAUUGCACCAAACAACUUUACUGAAUGCUCUGGAAAUGGAGUUUGUGUCAAUGGAACAUGUCAGUGCCAAGAUGGUUAUGGUGGAUCAUAUUGUGAUGGUCACUUGACUCCAAGUGUGAUCAUACUUCCUAAUGCAACAGACCCAUCAGUUGACCUCGUUACACGAUCAUCUCAAUUCCAAUUCAACAUCGUGGCACUACAAGAGCUGGACCAAGAAAGGAACAUUGUCAAGGAGCUGCUCACUGAUCAAUGGUCAUACAAUGAGUCAAAAGUUGGACAACUCAAUAUCUUUGACUACACAUUGGAUAUCAAUCAAACUGAUGCUGAAUGGACUGGUCUUGCUGUGGCUGUUCAGUUCUCUCAAUCACCCCAGGUCAGACAGGUCCAGUUUGCCGGCCACAAUGUGAGCUACUCGCCCAACACCAUCAAGAUGACACUGAACAUCACUGGAUGGAACUUCCACUCCAACGUCAACAUGCUGCGAGUCGUAUACAGGAGUGAUCUGAAGGGCCCCGAGGUCCAGUGCCGACGAUCAAAGGUCGAGUCCCAAGUGGACCAGCAGUUGGACAACCUCCAGUAUCUCAAGAUCAUCCACAGGGAUGCAGUGUACUAUGGUCGAUUCUUGCCAUACGCCUAUCUGGAUGGUCGCGUGGCAUACUCACUCAAUCAACUGAUCAACUCUACGCACAACAAUGAGACGACAUUCGUUGGCACUGUAUUACCAAUAUGCAAGAAGUGUUGGAUUGAUCCCGACUUCACAGUGAUCACCGCCGUCGAUGAUGGCGUUGUCACAUGCUCCAGUGGCUUGUCCACAUGGAAGAUAUCAUUGAUCGCAGUGUUCUCUGGAGUGGUUGGAAUAUCACUAUUCGUCGGAGUCAUUCUCUUCUUCAAGAGAAAGAGUCACAAGAUCAAAGAGAAGAAGUUAAUGACAAAGAAACUUCAUUAUCUACAAGAGAUAUAA